CUUGGCCAUGAGAAGCAGACACAGCCUCGCCCACAGGCCCCACUUCAGACUCCGACACGCAUCAGAGAGCAAAGAGAUCGCCAUUCUCAGGGACCACGGGAGGCACCAAGUUAUUAUGCCUACCCCUUCCCAUCUGGCCCACUUGCCUCCCUCCUGGCUACUGGUGCUGCUCCUUGUCCUCUCAGAAGCCUCUGAGCAAAGUAAUGGGAAUGAAUGGCAAGUGCUGCAACCCGAGGGUCCCAUGUGGGUGGCAGAAGGUGAGACACUCCUACUGAGGUGCACAGUGAUUGGCUCCUGCACUGAUGCCAUGAUAAAAUGGGUCAAGGUGAGCAAACAGGACCAGCAGGACAUUUAUAACUUCAAACAUGGCUUCUUCCCUGGGGUGACACCUAUGACCCAGCAGCCACUGGAGCCACUUAAUUGUGACUAUUCCAUCUAUAUCCAUAAUGUCACCAGGGAGCAGGAAGGAACCUACCACUGUGUGAGGUUUGAUGGCUUGAGUGAGCACUCAGAAAUGCAACUGGAUGAGGGCACCUCAGUGCUUGUGAAGGGAGCUGGUGAUCUAAAGCCAAACCUCUGGAUCAUCCAACCCCAGCAGUUGGUGUUGGCAACCACUGGAGACACUGUCUUCCUGAACUGCACAGUGUUUGGAGAUGGUCCUCCUGGACCCAUCAGGUGGUUUCGGGGAGCUGGUAUGAGUCGGGAAGCCAUUUACAACUUUGAAGGCAUCUCCCAGCCCAAUGUGACAGCGGUCCAGGCCUCCAACAGUGAUUUCAGCAUUCUUCUGAAAGAUGUCUCUACUGAGUACACAGGCAUCUACUACUGUGUAAAAUUUCACAGGAAAUUAAACAAGCAAUACCUGUCUGGACAGGGCACCAGGCUGAGUGUGAAAGCAAUGCCCUCUUCUCCUCAAGAGACAGAAGUCAUCAAUCAACAUGUAGCCGGGAGAUUUCUUUCAGGCUUCCUGUCUGUGCUCACAAUCGUGGUCCUGGGACUGAAGGCAGUGACCUUGGCUGCACUCCUGCUGGCCCUGGCUGCCUGCCGGAGAAGCACUGGGCAAGAAAACGUCAAAACCCCAGGCCCAGCAUAGCUGUGCUCAUCUUAGCAUGGGCCAUGGGGCAUGGGUAAGGGAUCAACUUUAGAGUAGUCCUCCGAGUCAGAGAGGGGUUAGGGGCCCCCAGUCAUUUCCAGCCUUCAGAUGUCCCCCAGGACUCAAGACAAUUCCAGGAUCCCUGCACCAGGGUUCGGUUCACUUGGUGAAAUCCUCUCAGGCUCUGGGCUCCCCUCUUAUGUGCCUUUCUCUCUCUCCUCAACCUGUUCGGGCCUCUUGGUCCUUCAAGGCCUUGUCCAGGUCUCUCCUCAAGGCUCCUGUUCCUGCUGCAGUCCCUCCUGAAGUGCCCUCCCCCUACCUUCCCCGCUCCACAUUUCCACAACCUCCAAAAUCUGACUCAGAGACUUCCCGGUAGGCAUCCCUGAGCAUUUCUGAGCUCACCCAGCCACGC